AUGUCUACUGCUAAGGAAGAAGAUGUCUGUAAUCACGUGAAAGUGGUGGUCCGUGUCCGUCCAGAGUCUCAAAAGGAAAAAGAUGGCAACUUUAGCAAGGUUGUUCACGUUGUUGACCAGCACAUAUUGGUCUUUGAUCCAAAGGAGGAAGAAGUUAGCUUCUUUCACGGAAAGAGACUGACCCAUAGGGAUAUUAAUAAGAGAAAGAAGAAAGAUCUUAAAUUUGUGUUUGAUGCUGUUUUUGCUGAAAGUUCAUCCCAGUUGGAAGUUUUUGAGCAUACUACCAAAAGUGUAAUCGACGGCUUCUUAAAUGGGUAUAAUUGCACAGUGCUUGCCUAUGGUGCAACGGGAGCUGGAAAGACUCAUACGAUGUUAGGUUCCCCUGAAGAUCCUGGAGUGAUGUAUUUAACCAUGAUGGCACUUUAUAAUUGUAUGGAUCAAAUAAAAGAAGAUAAAACAUGUAAUGUUGCUGUCUCUUAUUUAGAGGUCUACAAUGAGCAGAUCCGUGAUCUGCUGGUAAACUCAGGACCUCUGGCUGUUCGUGAGGAUACCCAGAAAGGGGUGGUGGUUCAAGGGCUAACAUUACAUCAGCCUAAAUCGGCAGAGGAAAUCCUCCAAAUGUUGGAUUAUGGAAAUAAAAAUAGAACACAGCAUCCCACAGAUGUAAAUGCCUCCUCUUCCCGGUCCCAUGCUGUCUUUCAGAUUUAUCUAAGGCAGCAAGAUAAAACAGCUAGUAUUAAUCAAAAUGUUCGCAUCGCCAAAAUGUCUCUCAUUGACCUGGCAGGAUCUGAACGUGCCAGCGUGACAAAUGCUAAGGGGGCUCGUUUCAGAGAAGGAACAAAUAUUAACCGCUCCCUGCUAGCUCUUGGAAAUGUCAUUAAUGCCUUGGCAGAUCCAAAGAGCAAGAAACAGCACAUUCCUUAUCGAAACAGCAAGCUUACUCGUUUAUUGAAAGAUUCUCUUGGAGGAAAUUGCCGAACAAUAAUGAUAGCUGCUGUUAGUCCAUCUUCUAUGUUCUAUGAUGAUACGUAUAAUACUCUUAAGUAUGCAAACCGAGCAAAGGAUAUCAAGUCUUCUUUGAAGAGCAAUGUUGUUAGUUUGGACAGUCACAUAAGCCAGUAUGUUAAAAUUUGCAAUGAACAAAAGAAAGAGAUCCUAAUGUUGAAAGAGAAACUGAGAGAAUACGAAGAAAAGCAAGCAAGCAUUCCUGAAAAUCAUAAUGCUACAAUACUUGCAAACAACCAGCAAGUGGAAAUACAAAGAUACAAAGAAAUCCUUAAAAAUGUGUUUGCAAACCGUGAGGAAAUCAGAAAAGAAUACCUCAAGCUGGAAAUGUGCCUGAAAGAAAACUCACUGAAGACAUAUUACCAGAAACAAUGUCAUGAACAAAUUCAACUGAUGUGUUCUGAAGAAAGAGUAGAAAAGGCCACUUGCAAGCGGGAUCAAAGGCUUGCAAUGCUUAGAACCCACCGCAUACACAUGCAGAAGAAGAAAGAAGAGGAGGUUGAACGUUUUGAGGAAAAUACAAAUUGGCUGCAUCGUGUUGAAAAUGAAAUGCGCCUCCUGGGUCAAGAUGGGUGUAUUCCAAAGGAACUCUGUAAAGAUCUGCAGUGUUGCCAUUUAAACCUAGAAGUUAAGGACCUGAAAGCCCAGAUUGAGCACAUGUUAUCUCUGGUGUCCCUUCAAGAUCAGCACUAUAAGCAGACAGAAAAAGUACUAAAUACCUUGCUUCCAGUUCUUCGCAAGCAAUACCUGACUUUGAAAGAAGCUGGGUUGACAAAUAAUUUAAUUGAGACUGAAUUUGGGGAGGUUGAGCAGCUGAUUCAAAGACAAAAAUCAGUAGUUUGGGCUGACCAGACUGAAGCAAAGGAACAAAAUCAAAACAAUGAACUAGACUUGUCAGCUAUCUUUGCAUUCCCACAACUUGUGAACAGGGCAAACACCCCAUGCCGUACUACUUUUGGUACACCAUCAGAAGAAAUGAAUAAAAAUGCACAACAAAUAGUAGAAUAUGCAGUACCACCACAGAAAAGAAUUAGGCGGAAGCUAAUGGACUCUCCAGUCACAGCUCAAAGCCCUGCUGCAUCCAAGCAGUCCAGUCUCCAUCAUCUGGAGGAUUCUCUUACCAAGGAGGUCCGCCCUAUCGUGUAUACACCAGAAUUUUGCAGAAAGCCAGUACAAAGCAGCUGUACACAGACCGUGGUAAAGAAAGCUUUACACCUUGCAGGCCUUCAGGAAGUCAAUGCAUGUAAUAUAGAUAUGCCAGUGAAAAAGGCGAGUAUUAUGGACUCUACAUGUGACAUAAUCCCAGAGUGUGAUGAAGCUGACAUGGACUCAACAGUAAUUCUCUAUGAAGGGACAGGUGAAACAACGGAACCAUCUACUGACUCAUCCACGAAGGAGUCACAGCCAUGCAAUGGUAGCAUUCUGCAAAGACUUGGUCUCUCUUCCUUAAAAAACAAAAAUCCUACUUCAGUACUUGAGAAGCCCUCAUAUAUGGCAAUGACUUCUGCCGCUGAGAGAAAAAGAAAGGCAUUAAGUUCUGCGUCAAACACUGGGUUAGGCCAAGACCCUGUUUCUGCAAAACGCAAUCGACAAGAGGUAUUGUUAGGCCAUAGAGCUUUGCGAGUACCCAAAAUGGCAGGAAUUAAAACGAGGAGCUGGAAGCAAGAACAGGAUGUGCCAAGAAACCUAGUUAGAAGCCUUUCUGAAGGAAAUGUAGCACUGGGUGUUAAAUCAAGGACAUCAAAAAAUCUUUUACUUCAUGUUUGUAAGAAAAAAAACAGGAUUUAG